GCGCCAUCUUACCGUUGUGACGUCAGUUGAGUUGAAAGCCAAGCUCCUCCUUCCCGAUUAGUGCACCACAUGCAGCUUUGAUAGGCUGCCCUGUCCCACGCGCGCUAUCUAAUCUUUUUGCACCCCCCGCAGCGUUUCCUUCAUUUUUCCACAAUAACAACGACCGUGUUGAAUCAAGAGAAAAAAAAAGAAAAGAAAAAGAAAAAAAAACGGAUGGAAACCAGAGCCGGCGGCCUCGUCCGGUCCCGCGUCGCCAACGCGUGCGACACGUGCAAGCAGCGCAAGAUCCGGUGCAGCGGCGUGUUGCCGUGCGGGUACUGCGUCCGCCGCCGGGACCCCGACAGUUGCCGGUACACCGCCCCGCGUGUGAGGCGUCCGAGGCCGUCAACCACCACCACCACCGCGGGCCACCGCGGGGAUGAUGUGAGGAGUUCUGUUUCGCAUGCUUCUGGGUCGCCGGGGGCGGCUUCAAAUCAUUCGGUUGUGCGAAUCGGUGCGCCGGUGCAGCAGCAGCACCACCACCGGAUUGAGGAGCAACAUCCGUUGGAAGAGCACGAGGACACCGAGGUGCCGAGGGAGGCGAGGCUGCUGUGUGACGCGCAGGGGAAGCUGGUCUUUAUCGGGGACUGCGCGCCGCUGUCGUUUUUCCAGACGGUGAGGAGGCUGGUGACCACACGGGUGGAUGCGCAUGCUUUUGCGCCCGAGACGGGGGGGUACUCGGCGCUGGAGAAUGCAUCUUCCAGGCCGUCGGUGUCGUCUGGUUACGGGGCGUUGCCGCCGCGGGUGAGGAUUGAGAUCGGGCCUGCUGCGGUGGGGGCGUAUUUGGAGGUUACGAGGGGGUUGAUUGAUUUGUUUGAGGAUGAUGCGAGGCUGGAGAGGGAUAUUAUCGAGUGGGCUGCGGAGGAUCAUGGGGAUGAUGCUCUGGCUGGGGCGGUUAAUUAUUUGGUGUUGGCGAUUGGGUGUCAGAAGAUUGAGAAGGGGGGUGAAGGGACGGGGCAGCAGUAUUUUGACUACGCGAGGAACGUGGCGCUUGCGAGUUUAGGGGGGAAUUUGGGAGUGGCGAGCGUGCAGGUUUUUAUACUUAUCACGCUGUACUCGCUGGGGGCGUGUCAGAUUAAUGCCGCGUUUUUGUUCUUUGGGCUGGCGGCACGGGCAGCGCUGUCGAUAGGGGUGCAUAGGACCGCGGUCAAUGCGAGGUUCGGGCCCGACAUUCACAGGCAGAGGGACAGGUUGUGGAAGAGCCUGAGGGUGGUGGACUUGUUCUUGUCGACGUCGAUGGGGAGACCGCCAGCGACAUCGGAUGUGGACUGUACGGUGCCGUACAGACAGCCGGACGAAAACGGGAGGGAGAAGUUUGAUCUGUUGAACGCGUCGGUACAGAUAUUCCUGGUGAUCGAGAGUGUCGUGGUGGAGGUAUAUUCGAGGAGGAAAAUCUCGCCGAGGUUGACCGAGGGGAUAUCGAGAGAGCUGAGAGGGUGGUCAGGGCAAUGGUUGGAGAGGUUGAAGGAGGUAGUGGAGGAUAAUGAGGAAGGUGACGUCGAUGCUGGAGUGGUGAAUGGUGCCUGCCAGGUGCUGGCCUCGUAUUAUUACGCAGUGAUGCUGGUCUCGAGGCCAUUCUUGAUGGUGGAGCUACAUCGAAGGCUUUCCGAUGGAUGUUCGUCACCGACCACGACUUCGGGAAAGUCGAAGCUUGCGGAUGCCUGCAUCGACGCAGCAAUACUGAUGGUUGAACCCAUUCAGGACCUGAUCGAUAGAGGUCUGAUGACAAGACGAGCACCUGUUAUCGUGUCAUGGCUGUUUGCCUCCUCGCUCGUCCUCGGUGUCGGUCUUAUUGGCGGGUUUGGUCGCAUCAUCGAGAAGUACUGCCGCGCUGCCAUUACCGCUCUCGAAUACUUUGCGCAAACCGACACCCACGCGGUUCAAUACUCGCUCAUUGCCAAGUCAUUACUCAGCACAGCACUAGAAUACCUGGAAACGAAGGAGAUACAGGAGCGGGCACGCAGGACAGCGAGCUCGUCACAGCUGUUUGGGCUCAUACCACGAACUCCUCGGGGAAGCGAUGGCGGUCUUGACGGGCCACAAUCCAAAACAAACCAAGCUGCAGGACCGGGAGAAAGCAGCAGCAAGCCAGACAAGCCCCAUCCAUCCCAAGACGAUGCUGUGAUGCAACGCUUUGGCUUCGACUUUGAGUCUACGUUUUUGGGGAUGACAGGAACACCCGAGUUUUCUGUCUUUAGCGGCUUUGAAGAAAAUGCCGACCAAACCUUUGGGGCCCUAAACCUGUUCCCGCUUCUUGAUGGGGAUGGGCAUAUCGACUUGGCCAGCUACUUUUGA